CACAAUCACACGAAGUUUUGUCAUUUUUUUUAUACGAUCGUUAAAUUGAUGUGCAUUUAUUAAGUCAACCUCGUUUUGCGUUUCUGCCAUAAUGAAAUUGUCUGAAUUGUGGUCUUUUUAUUCUUGCUUUUGACUAAGAAAGUGAUAAAUGUAUAGUUGCCAGUUUUCUUUGUUCGUCAAAAGGAAAAUAUAAGACGUUUUCAGCUGAACAAAGAUCGCCGAUGCAUCCAAAGGAGCGGGGCCAGAAGCUGAUUGAUGCACUGCUGGAAGGUAAACAUGACGCCGCCCGGAAACUGCUCGCCAUCAAGCGUCUGGACGAGCUGGAUUUCACCGUCGAAAAUCGCGGCGACAACCCGCUCCACCUGGCGGCGAGACUGGGAAGACUCGAGCUGAUCCAGCUGAUGCAGGAAGUGGGAGAGAAUCUGCAGCGUGAAAACCUGCAUGGGAAUACAGCGAUGCAUUUCGCAGCCAGAGGUGGCUAUAUAGACGUGGUGAAGUAUUUAAAGGCAAACAGAUGUCAGCUCAAUCCUUUAAACGAUCUGGACGGCGACUCCCCGCUGCACAAGGCGGUCACUACCCAAACCAUGGACACCAUAGAGACACUGGCAGACCUCGGCAUGAACCCCAACGUCGUCAACAAGAAGAAUGGAAAUACGCCACUGCAUUCGGCACUGGAGUGCGGGGCACAGGAGGCGAUGGAAGCUCUGCUUAUUAAAGGGGCCAAUCCGGAACUGCGCAAUUUCGACAAAAAGAAACCCGAAGACGUGGCCAAACAUCCUGCUAUCCGCGAGAGUCUCCGGAUGUACAAGUCCCUCCUGAUGGCCAUGUCCCACGGCAACAUCAGAGCCAAAGGAAUUAAAAUCACGCGGGAGCAGGUCGCAAAGCCGUAUCCUGUGGAUAGAGUGGGAGUCAUCAUAGCCAGCAUUGAUAUCCCAACGGAAUUCCCUACAGGGUUCUACUGCAGACGGGAAAAGGUUGAAAACAGCACGAUUCAGAUCUCCAAGCGUGAGGAAGAGGCGGUUAUCAGCGACGUCUACCACAUCCGGAUAUUCGAGGUGAACCGGAACUGCGUUGCCACUAUACAGCUUCCCGUCUAUCGGUUGCCGUCGGAGAAAGAGCAGAUGAUGUUACGGUUUAUCGAAUCCGCACCGGAAGACCGCCCGUUGGAUAACUUCAUUACAAACAAUAAGAUGCAUUACUGUCCCUUAGAGGUUACGUUGGUACCGGAAACCACCUGCGUGUGUUUUGUGAUCAUCCGGCCCCGGAAAGAGGAAAGCACCGUCAGCGCUUCCGGUACAACGGUCACAUCUGACAUGGAGAAGGCGUUCACACUGGAGGUUCCGGCGGGGACGUUCGAGGAGAACACUGUACUUAGCCUACAAGUUUAUGAGACAAACGAUGAUGACACUGUCGAAGAACCAGAAGACGAUAUGGUCGGUGUAGCAUCUGACAAGAGAAAACAAGAUUCGUCAAUCGAUAAACAGUUGACCCAAAAGAAGCCAGAUACCCCACCAAACAUUCACAAUCAAAAUUUGAUUACGGAUGUUUACCAGAUAAAUGUCAAAGGUAAGCAGCCGAAAAAAGAGGUUCUAAUUCAGAUCCCGCUCUGCAAAGGAAUGACAGCCGACGACGACAUAGUGAUCGUCCGGGCCGACGAGAACGAGCUUCAAUGCAAUGAAAACGCUCUCGAGAUUCUUCCGGAGGCUCCGAGGGUGGUCAAUUUCAACCUCAUCUUCGAGGUGUCCCACUUCAGCAUCUAUGUAGCGUCCUGGAAGAAGAAGGUUACGACAGUGGACGACCGUCGUGAGCUGCAGCGGCAGAUCAGCAGCACCCGUGAGAAACAGAAGCCGGCGGCAUUGUUCGUCGUCGUCCGGAAAGACGACACCGACCCAACAGGUCUGCGUCACAUUAUCCUCGUGGAGUGUGUGUUGGCGUCAAAGAGUUUCGAGCGCCGUCAGAGAUGGGAGCUGCAAGACUUUGAGGGACAGAACCCGCCAGAGACAGGCGCCAUUAUGAUGACCCCCGGGGACACCUUCAUAGUGAAUGUAGAGGGGAACUCUGCACUUGAAGAUGCAUCGGAAGCGACCGAGCGAAAGUUGCAGUUCCUUCAGUGCCGCCCGAGCUUCCAGGCGUACCGGGUGCUCCUCCACGAAGGCAUCUACGACCCAGAGGAGGCGUUCGGUCACGUGAUCAUCUCCAAGAAGACAGACACCGGCAUCGAGGAGGCCGCCCGCCUUCGCAUCAAGCUGCAGCCGCCGCCACCACCGCCGCCGCCGACACCGCAGCCGCAUGAUCGAUUGAAUGAGCUCCUUCGUAAACAACCAGACUACCGCCCAGCUGGCUCGGUCAGCAGGACCAUUAAGAACUUCUUCUUUAAAGACAACACAGUCAAACCCAAACCGAAGAAAUGAUAGUUCACUGUCUACUUAACAGCUAUUUGUACAGUGCUGACAUACAGAGGCACACUUAUUACUUCAUACCAACACAUUGAGGACAACUGAAUUCUUUAGCAACUGGUUACAGGACGACGAAUCGAUGUCUGUUGGAGAACGGCUGUUAGGGUCACCUUUUUUAAGUACUUUGGUCGAAAUUUGCUGCUCCUGGUUAUUUCGUUGAUAAUUUUAUUAGUUAGUAUAAAUCGACAUAAAAAGAUAUAGACGCGGAAAUAUACUCGGCUUUGAAGUUGAUAAAUACGUUAAAGUGAAUGCAUGUAUUCACAAGAAUCAUUAUUAUUUCACAUUAUUGACAAGGCAUUUAGAAUUAUCCGGCACGUUUAGAUUGAUUUUGUACCAUGUUCAUAGUGCAGUUAAUGUUUUUUCGUUAUUUAUGUAUUCAUUUUUUAGGAAGAUAGCUCGGUUCAAUCACAAUGACAUCUUCCACAAUCGGCGCUUUUUACUCGUUUGAUUUUCAUUUCAACUUUAAACGAAUAAAAAACAAGCGAACUGGUUUUGUCAAACGAAUACAGUGGACAUUGGUUUUAACGGACCUUUUUACGUUUUGGUAAAUUGACAACAUUGACAAAAAUUGUUUCGGAUUUGCAACUUCUCAUUCAAGUUAUUAUAUUUUCCAGGAAACAGAAACACUGAACAUUUACCAUGCUCUAAAAUAUCCAUUAUAUGUAUCUUUUGACGAUUUACAACCCAGAAAAUUAUAAAGCGUUACAAACGCGAAACGAUUGAAUAAUUUGGAGGGAUCUGUAUAAUUUUGCUUUAUGACAUUGGCACUGUUUGCGUGAUGAUUAGUGAACAUAACAAUAUAAUUAUAUGUAGUUAGUAACCUGCAUAUAGGCUGCGAUAGAUUGGGACACGAAGAAUAUUAAUCAUUUUGCUAAAAUGUCUCACGAAAUGAUUUGGAAAUCUUUAAUUUCAUCGUAUUAAAAAUGAUAAUAUAAAUAUAAACCUUCAUGAAAAAUAUGUAGCCUUUGCAAUGGCAUUUAGAAUUGAAAGCAGUAAAAAACUGCUUUUUUAUAUUGUUCAAGAGAUAAGAAAAAGUUCAUUUUAUAAUCAGUCAAAUUGUUAUGUUUGAGCUAUCGUAAUUUCACUCGUCAGACCGGAAGAGUUAAUUAUUAGGCUUGUCACUGACCCGCUGUUUUGUACUUUUGAAUUAACCUCUACAUUUUUGCAAAACCGUAUUAGAAAAAUGCCAUUGAAUCCACACUUCCUUAACAAGAAGAUUUGGUUACGAAAAAAAUUUGGGUAGGAAACAAAUUGGGUACGAAAAAAAAUUUGUUUACGAGCACAAAUUUGGGUACGAAAAAAAAAUUAAGUACGAAAAAAAUUGGGCACGAAAAAUGUAGGGUACGAAAAAAAAUGGUGGUACGGGGAAGUAGUACCCGUGGGGAACUUGAUCCUUUCAGCGAAACUGGGAGGCGGGUUACAUUCUCGAUCAAAUAUAACAAGAAAUAUCUUUAAAAAGGUAUUCGACGUGUAUUUUAUGUAACACUUAUCUUAAAAAACUGUCUGUUACAGUAAAACGUUUGUGGGUUAGCAUAUAAAUUCAAAACUUGACAUGCUCUUUAAUUACACCAUGCUCUUUAAUUUCACAUGUAUAUCAUACCAAACUUUAUAUUUCGUUGUUUCCUUUCCUAAGUUAAUGAUGCUAUGUAUACGGACGUGAUUUCACAAUCCUAUGUGCAUGAACAUAUACUUUUUUUUAUUGUUCUUUUUCUCUAAUUCAAUAAGCUUAGGCAUGUUUGUUCGUUAAGUACGGCAAUAAUUUCAUGAUGAUUCCCGAUCGAAAGUGGGUAUGAGCACAUAGUCGUAAGAGCACUUGAAUACGUGAGUUCGCCCAUGAACACAUGGUAAGGUUAACUAAAUCUCCGCGAUAUGACCUUAUAUGUAUUUAAAACAGCAAACAAUAUCCAACAAACGAAUGAAUUGUCAAACAUAGUAUGUGCACUGAUGUAGCUCUGUAAUUUAUGUUUGAAAAGUUUAUUAAAUAUUCAAUAUGUGAAAGCAUGCAGAAGAGCGAGUAUCGUAGAUUUAAUACGGCUAUUAUGCUGUUUAUAUACCAUAGUCGCUACAACGUUUACAAAUGGCAGGUUCGAAAUCAUUCGUUUUCUUUACACUCAUGAUCGCUUUGAAAGUUAAUUAUACACGUUUUGAUUCGCAAUUUAUUUACUGAAUCACGACAAAUGUCAAAAACAAUACAGAAAAUGCAUAGUUAUUUCAUUGAUCUAUAAACAUAUAAUGGAUUGAAUAUAACUGAUUUAAAAUUAACGUUUUCAAACUAUUAUUAAAUCUUUUCCCAGAAUAUGCUGUCCUAGUUAUAGCUGAGCUUCCUAUACCUUUAUCAAUGAUAAUCAGCGAGGUAUGCCGAUUAGAAAAAUCGAGCUAUCUCAAUCGGACUGGCUCGGUCUUUUACAUAGGUUGCCAUUGUGAAGAAUUUUUUCAUGAUAUGAUAACUUAGACGAUGCUUCGCAGCAUCGUCAAAAAUAGUGAUACUUCCUGACACAAUGGUGUUUAUAAAGUGAUCUUAGACAAGAAAGAAAAACGCACACUUUCAAUCGAACAUGUAUGCAUUGAUUUAUUGGUUUCUAUGUUCUAAAUUGUGUACAGUUUUUCUUAUCGUUACAUUUUUUAUCCAUAAAUAAAGUGUUUACGCAACUUGACUUCCGCGUUCGUGUCUUUGCUUGCAUUAGCAAACUUUGUUGUCUGCGACCAAUGAUUAAAGCGAGAUAUUGUACAAUGUGUGUGCAUAUUUAUAGCUUCUUAUACACAACAAGCGUGUGUAGAUGACUACUUUACAAACGCUGGACUUAGGAUGAGGCUUGUUGAUACAUUAAGAGGGAUUUGACCAACCUAUAAGGCUUUUCAGACAUAUAUAUGCUAGUCUUGCAUUACAUGAAUAUUUACACUGCCAUCGAAUGGAAACAUACAUUUAGUUAUGAACAUAAUCUGAAUAACGCAUCGGUUAUUUUACAAUUAUCGUUUAAGCUUAUGAGAUACUAGUUUUAAACCACACAGAAUCACAAUAUCCUAGAGUUCCUGUAAUGAAUACAAUAGGUACACUGGACUUUAUCGCCGACGCUUUCCAUGUUUAUCGUGACAUGUCAAUGCGCAUGCCAAUAUGAAUGUCAACUACUGCACCUCUGGUGAGUGCAAGUAGUCUGAAGUAGAUAAGAAUGGGUCGGAGAUACUUCCUUACUUACAUUAGCAACAGUCAUGCGUAACAUAGUAACGAUCGCGUUUUUACUCUUUGCCAUUCUUUUGUCGGUGGAAUGUUUCCGAUGGAGGGAUUGCGCUCAAAACAAAACCACAGCGGCCUUCACCUUCGAUAACUUCAACAUCUGGCCGAUGCCCAUCUUGGUUCCCGGCACGGUCCAUUUAUCUGCGGAUCUGACCGUGAACCGGCCGGUACACAGCCUCUAUAUGGACGAAGAUGUGGACGAAGCCAUCGAGAGUUUCUUCUUUAAGCUGCCUUGUAUGGGCCAGGGGAUCGGUUCCUGUUCGGACAUCGACUGCUGCGAGUACAGGACGAUCGAGAUGCCGGAAAUCUGGGAGCGGUUCAUGUUCUAUCUCCUAGGCAACGAGAGCUACUGUCCCAUCCCCUCCAAGUCCGUGGUGAUCCAGGACGAGCUCAUCUCAAUACCCUCUGUGCCUGGGCCCCUCGUCCUUCUGGGAAACAAGAUGUACACGAUCAAACUGUUCUUCAAGGAAUCACGUGACGCGAAAGAUCACUUUGGUUGCAUCGAGUUCGACCUGGAAUAUGAUCUUGAUCUUCGUUCAUCAAGGCCUGUUGGGUGAAAAUUAUGCUGGGAGUAUUCAUGCAUUCGUAUUCAGCUUAAUAGUUUGUGUGUCAUUGUAUUUAUUUCGAUAUAAAGGAAUCUAAUUUAAA